GCAGGUGUGGCUAGUAAUAUUUAAAAAGGAUGGAAUUUUAAAUAUAAACUACAUUUAUAAAUGAAUCAAUAUAUGUAACUAACAACAAUAUCACGAUAUCAUUAGUGAAAUGCUGUGAUGUAAUCAAAACAUAUUUUAAAUUUCUUAUUCGAAGUUGAAAGUUGUAGUUACUUUUGGGCGUCAACCGUUUUGAGUAUUGAAACAAACAUGUACGGACGAAAAACGCCUUCAACAUAUCGUUCUACCCCUUCAGUGUAUUCUCAUUACACUGGAAAAUCGUCAACGAACUUACGGUCGUCAAAAUCAGUUAGAUCAUUAAGAGUACCGUGGUAUCAAAAACCAAUACUACAUGAUGCGUUUGUACUGGACCUGCAGAGGGGAUCAUUGCUAACAGCCAGUAUUUCCGUAUUUAUAGCCAUCUUCACAUUCACCCAGAGUAUCUUUGAUCUGUACUGUAUGAUGCUGGCAACCCCUGGGUCAUCUCAUUCUGGUCACUAUGUGAUGAGCUUUCAAUUUGUCUAUGUUGGCAGUGCACCAGUUCGUAAUGUCCUCAUUGUCUUCUCGCUCUUUUCUUGGAUUGGAUCUAUAGCAGUUCUAGUAACGAGCAUCAUAUUGAUAGUAGCAUUGAGAAAGGAAUACGAAAAGCGUAUUGUUCCAUGGCUCUACACAUUCGGCGUUUUCAUACUUUUCCGCACCGUGGCAUUCAUAUUCGCUUCAAUAGUCAACGAUAUGAUAUUCGCUUAUAAUAUAAUGAUGUGCCUGUUCUGGAUUGUGUUCUCUGUGGUCGGCGUCUAUGGUUGGCUGUUGGUGUACAGUUUGUACUUGGAGUUGGCCGAUUUGACAAAAUUGGAGGACUUGGCACAUUUAAGGAUGGGUACAAUGGCAUCACUGAACGCCUCGCUCGCUGGAUCUCGUCCCACCACGCCGCACUCCACUGUCUCCACCAUGCCGGCGUCACAGAUAUGACCCGUCAGUGACGAGGUGGUACCUCUCGCUGACACAAGCCUCGAGACACCCGUGUGAAUAAACAUUCAGUUUUAAAUAGUGCAGUGAUCAGUGCUAAUUAUAAAUAUGACCACCUACCAACUACCACCUACCACCUGCGAGCAACAACUGUUGGUGAUCAUCUUCAAUAACGAAAUGUAAGUUAAUGCUUUAAUAGUUUAAAGAGCUCAAUACUAUGCAAUUGAAAUAUUUUAAUUGGUUAACGAUUAAACAAUUGAAUUCAUCCACCUUUGUUAAAUUUUUGUAGGUAGGUAUUUAAUAAACAUUUUUCUGUAUUACAAUCAUUGCCAGUAUAGCGUUAGGUACUGACAAAAAAAAAUGUACAUCAAUGCCUUAAUUACUUAUAUCCACUUUAAUUUGAUUCCAAAGUUUCAAUAACUUUGCUGACAUUCUAAACGCCAUUUUUUCACGAUAUUGAGUACCAUAGAUUAUUUAGAUCUCGACCAAUGAUGACACGUCAAUUCAAGGUCAAAGUUAUUUUAUCUUUACCCCUCCUGCCGUUGGAAUGGACUAUUGUUUAUUCUAAGUGAUUUUAGUGCAUCGUGGCAUUUAUGUGUUCCCGUCCUAAGUCCUGUCUUAAAUUACUUUAGGUUAGGGAAUUCUGUACUCCAGAAUUAGCAUUUUAAGUCGUAUAUUUUAAAUUAAAAUAUUUUCACAACACACAAUAGCCUUAAAUAUAAAAUGACAUUUUUAUUUGCUUAUAUCAUAUGUAUAUUAUACGUAUACAUUUUCUAAAUGUGUAUACGUCCUCCUAAACAGUUUGAUUCAUGAAUGGUUUGGAUUUGUUUUGAAAGCUAAUGACACCUUAUUGACAUUUGUUACGACUUAAAAGUGUCAAUACACUUAAAUUUCGAAAAUAUUUUUCCCCAUCGUUAUAGGCUCUGUUUAUUAAUAAGCUUAUAUUUUGAUUUUGACUUUAAUAGUAAUAUGUCGCGAAAUUUUAUAUCUUUCAUAGAGUAUUUUUAAUAAAUAUAUAUAUUGUUUUAAUUAGUUUGUCUACUAAACGAAUAUUUAAUGUUACUUGUCCGUCCAUAUAUUGUGAUCGAUGCUAUUGUAAUAGAAGUUUAUAUCAUAAGUAUAUUAUGUUGCACUGAAUGAUGAAUGAAAAUUGUACUUGAUGAUGGCAUGAAGUAAACUGAUAUUUCCACCAAUUGUAAUGUCGAAUUUGCGUACAUAAUAUGCUCUGGGUGAUACAUACCUUUGUUUCAUCAUUCUUCACUGAGAUAUUAAUUAAAAAAAAAUGUUUUCUAUCGAUUGUAGCACAUUUAACAGCUAUAUAAAUUCUAGAUUUUAGUUAUAAUAAAUUGUUCUCAGCUUACAGUCCUGUCAUAAUUGUUUCUCGUACUGAUUAUAUUGUAAUUAUAUAAGUAUGUGAAUUUAACAAAGUUCUAAAUGAAAUCUCUGCACUUUUUUUAAGAUUUUUUUAGGAUUAAACCUAAUUUAUAGUGCCUUAUAGCAUUUAUAUCGAAUAUUUGAAAUGUAUUAACUGUGUUCUUUGAUGACAUUUUAAUUGUAUGAAUGUUGCCAUAUCAAAAAUCUGUACUUUUUAUUUAUGUAUUUUUCUAAGUAUAUGUUUUCAUGAUAAAUUGAGUUAAGGUUUUAAACCAUAGCAGAUAUAUAUAUAUAUACGUGCAGACCCAUUUAAAUAUAACACAGUGUAGAAGUCGAACUAAAGAGUGGGCAAAAUUAGAGAAUGUCAAAAAUCUUUGAAUAAAAUAUAAGUCAACCAAGAUUUUAUUGAAUUCCCUAUUUGUUAAUUGUUUUUUUUUUAACAGUUAGAUGUAUUGGUAUACUUUUUAUUUUAUUUACAUCAGAAUACUAAAUAACAGUAUUGACUAAGCCUUUGGCUGAUUUUUAUAUAUCUUAAUAAAUUUUUUUUUUUUAAAUGUUUACGAAAUCGAUACGCGGAAAUCGCAAUGCAACCUCGUAUAUCAAAAGUUAAAAUUUGAUUUAUAUACUUAAAAAAAAAUAUAUUUGUAAAGUAUUUUCGUAAAGGUAAAAUUUUGAGUUUUUGUUAUUUUAAAUAUAUUUGACUGUAAAUAGAACGAAACACACCACAUUUAACAAUGUAUUGAUUUAUUGUGUGUAUUAAAAAAAUUACUUUUGUC